AUGGUGCGAGGUGCAGUUCGCAGAAAGCGCGACGUGUCUCUGCAUCCCCCUCCACCCCACGAUCCUGAGAACUUGGGGUCUUCAGGCCAGGCUAAUGACGGUGACAAUGUUCGGUCGACUAAGCGCAGUCGAACCACGUCAGCUAGGAAGCACGAAAUGGAGAUGCGCCAAGCACAAGAAGAAAAGAAGAGGCUCGAGCACCGGAUCAAGCAGCUGGAGAAGAAUCAGCACAAAGAGUCUAACCAAGGCCUUAAUGACGGCGACGACGACGAGCUUGGUCCAGAGUCCGAAGAUGACAUUGAGCAAGAUGGUGUGAUCAUGCGCGUCUCGCCCUUCGUCACACUCCCGCGCUUCAUCGCGCUCAGGCCGUCCUUCGUCGCGCUCAGGCCGUCCUUCAUCACGCUCGGGCCGUCCUUUGUCACGCUCCCGUCAGGCUUCAUCACGCUCCCGCCCUUCGACGUCGCGCUCCCGUUCUUCACGAUCACGCUCCCGUCCCGAGUCAUCACACCCCUCUGGUCUCUCAAAGUCGCCAUCCCGAACCCUCCCGCGUUCCUCCUCCCCAUUGCCACACACCGAAUCGCUCCACCCACGAAGUUCGCGGCCCUCCUCAAGACACACGACACCGGGACCGACAAGAAGAGCGGGUUUGCAGAAAGCCAGGUCAUUCAGAAUGCGAUACAGCUCACCUUCUUUGGCAAUCCGGAGGCCAGCCUUGGGUUUCGUUUCCCCGACCGCUUCAACCCCAUCCCAAACGAGGUCCUCGCGUUCCUGAUGACUGUGGUGCGUGGACACAUCGCCGAAUGGAGCACUGGAAAGCAAGUCCGCGAGACCUUCAAAAGCGGUGGCGACUCUGGACAUGGCAAGCACUACCGGUCGUUCCUCGCGGAUCUCAAGUCGUACGAGAGAGCUGGCCCGUCAACAUGGAAAAACAUCCGGACACGCAUGUACAACAAGGCAUUUCGUGCAGGUGGUGGUGUUGAUCCGACUACAACAAAUGCAUGCAUCUCCAGCGCGGCCAUGGAUGAGGCUACUCGUCAGCUUGAGGCACGAACAGGGCUCACUGAUAGCGAGUCCGAGCCUGACGGCUAG